GUGCGCCGCGUCCCAAACCGGCUCGCGACCCACGCUGCCGCCUGCCGCUUGAUCCCGGAAACUGCAUGGCCUACUUCCCACACUACGGCUUCCACGAAGGACUGCAACAGUGUGUGCGCUUCGCCUACGGCGGUUGCGGUGGAAAUGCCAACAGGUUCAACAGCAUGCAGGAAUGCAGAAGCGUAUGUGAGAGGAAAUUCUGA